AUGGCCUCCUCAGUCUGCGACAUCCAGCUCAAUGGCGCCUCAGCCGCACCAGCGCCUGCUUCUCACUCACACGACCACAGCCACACGGAUGCUGGCCAUUCGCAUAGCCACGAUGCGGAAGGGCACGGCCACUCCCACCCCAUCAUGGAGCAUGCGGGCAAGUUCGGCGAGCGUGAUAUGCCCGACUUCUCGAAGCGCAAUUGGAAGGAGAGAUGCUUCACCGUCGGUCUUGGAGGUCCAGUCGGAUCAGGCAAGACGGCCCUCCUUCUAGCCCUCUGUCGCAAGCUCACUGCAAUGAAGAUCGAGCUAUGCGCAGUUACCAAUGACAUCUUCACCCGCGAAGACGCCGAAUUCCUCACCCGUAACUCUGCCCUUACCCCCACCUCGCGCAUCCGAGCGGUAGAGACAGGCGGAUGCCCACACGCAGCCAUCAGGGAGGACAUCUCUGCCAAUCUGAACACGUUGGAGGAGUUGCAAGCAGAGUUUGAGCCAGAGAUUCAGUUUGUUGAGUCAGGGGGUGAUAAUCUGGCGGCCGCGUAUUCCAUGGAACUCGUCGACUUCGAGCUCUAUAUUAUCGACGUUGCUGGCGGAGACAAGGUCUGUCGUAAAGGCGGCCCGGGUAUCUCUCAAUCCUCCCUCCUCGUCAUCAACAAGACGGAUCUGGCACCUCAUGUAGGAGCAAGUCUGGACGUCAUGGAUCGCGAUGCUAGGAUGAUGAGAGAUGGUGGGCCGUUUGUCUUUACGAGCGUAAGGAAUGACGAGGGGGUGGAUAAUGUGGUAAAACAUGUGCUCGAGGCAUGGCAAGGGAGUGGGGCAAAGGCGUUCAGUGACAAGGUGAAGGGAAAAGCAUAGACAGUCAAUCUGCAUUUGUGGAAUCGUUGAAUUAUCAUUGCAACUCUAUCAUCGUCUGUCCUCCC